CGACUACAAUCCUAGACACACCUUUUCAAACAGUUUCCACGCUCUCGCAUCAUGUCCAAGGUCGCUAGUCGCCCUGAUUGGGCCGAUGAUGUCUCAGACUCAGACCAGAUCAACGAUCCAUCUGCCCUCCCAGCCCCUGUCACCACAGUCAACAAAGACGGAACAAAGACCACAGUCUCAUAUCGCAUUGACGACCAGGGUCGCAAAGUGAAGACCACGCGGAGAACACGCACAACCGUGCACAAAGAAAAAGUCAACCCAAUUGUCGCCGAGCGGAGAGAAUGGGCCAAGUUCGGCCUCGAGAAGAACAAGCCAAAAGGCCCCCAACCAGAUACCACCUCAGUCGGCGAGAACAUUGUCUUCCGACCAAGCAGAGACUGGAAGAAUGUGCAAGCCGAAGAAGCCAAGGCAGGAGGCGGCAAGGCUGAGGAGAAGAGCUUGAAGGAGCAGCUACGUGACAAGAAAGUCAAGUGUCGUAUUUGUCAAGGCGAACAUUUCACAGCCAGAUGUCCCUUCAAAGACACCAUGGCUCCGGCCGACGAUGGAACCACCCCAGCUGCGGACCCCAUGGCCGAUGAUGGCGAUGACCCAAGCAAGCAGGCUGGCAGACUGGGCGCUGGAAGCAGCAGCUAUGUCCCUCCGGCUUUGCGAAACCGCGAGGCCGCAGGGGCUGGCGAAAGAAUGGGUGGCAAAUUCGAGAGGGACGAUCUGGCCACUCUGCGCGUCACCAACGUGUCGGAGAUGGCAGAAGAACAAGAACUCCGCGAUUUGUUCGAGCGCUUUGGGCGCGUCACCCGGGUGUUCCUUGCCAAAGACAGAGAUACCGGCCGCGCUAAGGGAUUCGCAUUCAUUUCUUUCGUCGAUCGGUCUGAUGCUGCCAAAGCUUGUGAAAAGAUGGACGGGUUUGGUUAUAGACAUCUCAUCCUACGGGUCGAGUUUGCAAGACGGACAACUUAGGUCAGCCAGGCAUUGCUUGAUGCGAAUAAAACUUUGACACGCCACGUCCUUUGAUGACAACGAGAAUGUCCUCUUCAUGACUAUGUAGAUUGGUACACAAUGGAUCAAUACAAUGAAAUGGCUGAGGCCUUGGUGCUAAGAGCAUGAUGGCACAGGGGCUGACAACAUUCAACAA